GGAGAUAUUUUGAAGUGUGCACUUAUCGGAUGCGACCAGAACGGGAGAGAGAGGCUUGAUUCGAUGUGAAGUGAUGUCAACGAGCAGACGCUAGGGCCAGGAGGAGAAAGGAGUGGUGGCAACGGCAAAUGAAAGCAGAUUGGUUGAGGCAAAUUGGUUGGAAACAUACGGUCCAGUUUCAUAUUUUCUACAUAUUUUGUACAAAGGAAAUGAUGCAGCUUGUGUACUGUGGGAGUUUUUCUAAAUCCCAAGCCCGUUUUCAGCUCUAGCCAUUGUGUUUCACCGCUUGUUUGAAAUGUCACGCCACCUCUUACCACCACCCACAACAUUUAGCUGAUUUCGAGCAUUUCCCUCGAUUCGCGUUCCCCGCAGUCUAAUGUAGCAUUCUCGUUGUCAGUGCGUCAAGAGUCUCAGAAGCUCGACAUGGAGAAAGAAACGAGCGAGCUUCAACAUACGAACCCUAACGGAGACGAAUUUCCAGAAGUUCACGCCGUCAGGCCCGCGCAUUCGGCGGCGCAAUAUAACGUACUGUCAUCGUUACAACGCGAUGUGGAUUUCUUCGCGAUGCCUCCCCCAGCUCCCCGCUUUCCCGCCAACAAUUCCGCACCUUGCGCUUCGACUUCCAGUACCGCUACCCCAAGUCCCGGCGCCGCGUCGGGGAUGCUUCAUCGUAACGCGCAUUACUGCCUGCCUGCUGAGCAUUCGGCGCGCGUUGACGGAGAGCCCAAGGGUGAGGCGCCGCCGGACGUGAUGUCUGUUCAGCUGCUCGCGAGCCUGCUGUCGGAGAUAUUUUGAAGUGUGCACUUAUCGGAUGCGACCAGAACGGGAGAGAGAGGCUUGAUUCGAUGUGAAGUGAUGUCAACGAGCAGACGCUAGGGCCAGGAGGAGAAAGGAGUGGUGGCAACGGCAAAUGAAAGCAGAUUGGUUGAGGCAAAUUGGUUGGAAACAUACGGUCCAGUUUCAUAUUUUCUACAUAUUUUGUACA